ACAGAAAGUAAACCCAAACGAAACCCUGUGUUUACUUUCGGGGUUUACUCUAUGUUUACUCCGGCUGACUAGAGUGGACCCAGAUGAAACCCAGAGUAAACCCAAAGUGGACACAUUAAGUAUACCCAAAAUCAGAAGUAUACCCCUGAAAGCAGAUGCUACAUGUGUUUUUGGAAUAAACAAGGGGCAGGAAUUACUGGCAGUAAGAGGGUCCAGUGGUUUUGAAGAUAAUGAAGAUGAAGUAAGUUAACGUCUUACACGAUUAAGACAACUUCUUCAUGCUCCUAAAAGAUGCGAAUCAAAAGAACCAAAUUCAAUAUUUAACUAAGAAUGGAUGAUGCUCCGAGGGUAUCAGAAGCCCUGUACGUAGGUCUUUGUCAUCACAUAGGGGCACCCACAUAUGUUACUUUAAGGCGGGAGUUGAUUGGUAUGGAGGAGAUGAUACAGAGACCGAUAAAGAAAUACAAUAAAGGUGGAAGCGCACAAAGUGGUAGUUUUAGGGAAGGCUUCAGGUUUAAGUCAUCGGACCGGGAUUACAUGGUUUGGACAACAUAUGGGAAAUUGAUCUCUGAGAUGUCAAAUUUCGAUGGAUUCUGCUUCCGUACAAUAUUUAUGGAACAGUCCUUUGCUCCACCCGGGUAUGUGCGAUUAAAACUUUUGAAUCCACCACGUCAAUUAAAGAGAGACCCAUCAGUAGUAAAACAUAUGAAUCAUUACUACCUAUCAAGUGAGAAAUUAAGUAAUGCCCUAUACCAUUGGGUAUCUACGUCCACAAUGUUUGCCGAAAAACUUCGACCUCAUGGGCCUUGUUCCAAUUUUUAUAUUGGAGACAUUGAAAAUGACUAUGUUACAUGUUAUGCUUGUCAAUAUUGGCCACAUACAGCUUAUUCAUGGAUCACUAGAUGCAAGAGGAAGGAAUGGCCACCAAAAAAUUUACUUAAUGAAGUAAUAUCCAACGGAUGUCACGUUAUACCCGUAGGAAGUCAUUUAAUGCCCGAUGAGAAUGAACUAGAAUGGAGACUUUCUUUCUUUCAAGCAGAACUGCAAAUGGUUUAUUCUUUUAAUCAUACUCAAUUUCUGUGUUAUGGAAUGUUAAAAAUAUUUCUGAGAGAAGUUCUUUGUUCAUCGAAACAUGAAUCAUUAAUAUGUUCUUAUUUUCUUAAAACUGUUUUAUUUUGGGAAAUUCAAAACAAUCCAGUUGAAGAGUUUUGGUGUCCAUCAAAUUUAUUGUUUUGCUUCUGGACUUGUUUUAAACGUCUUUGUAAGUGUGUUUACGAUUCUUGCUGUCCGAACUUCAUUAUUCCAGGAAACAACAUGUUUAGAAACAAAGUGUUCGGUGCUCCGCGAGAAGCGCUACUUACCCAGCUCCUUGGCUACUAUGAGAUGGGCGUGGAAUGUUUGAAGCUUAGUCCCACUAUAUGUUCCAUCGUAGCUCAAGCUCAUUGUGAUGAGUCGUUUUCAGAGGGGCAUGUUGUAUCCCUCUUAAAUAUGGAUAUGACUAUAAAUGCUGAAUUAAUUGACAAUUUCUGUCCAAUGUUCACAAUAGAAGAUUGUUAUCUAAAAUUGAAAUCAAUUUCCAGCUUAUUGCAGCAACCGCUUUCGCCAUUUCAGUCUCUGGCAUUGCAGUUUUCUACAUCAGACGGUCUAGCUCAGACAAGCUUUUUACUGGCAAAGCACUCUGCAAACAAAAGGAACAAAAUCUGGUACAAACUAGACAAAAAGAUAAUUAACAUGUUGCGAUUGUCUUCUAGUAUAGGCCACGUAUCUCAAAUACUUUGUUUGGGUGUCUAUUUUUACAACACAGAGAGAUAUCACAAAGUUCAAGAUAUACUCAAAAUCUUUAAGCAGACAUUUUCACGGCCAUUUAUAUUGUUUGACGAUCGUGGCCUAGAUAGGAUACACUACCUUGAAACCAUCGGUAUGUAUUCUUUGGACAAAAGAAUGAGGAAAGCGUGGAUGCAUCUAGUCUACUUUCCAAUUUUCCAUCUAACAGAAUUUCAUUCAGUGUCUAAAAAAGGCAUUUCACAAAUAUAUCCGCUCAAUGUAUCUCCAUUCGUCGCAUUUCACACGUUAAACGUGCUAUGUAACCACGGAUUAGGUAACCGGUCCCAGUGUCUACAGUCACUGACAGAUCUACAGACACUGUUGUUCAAUGAUGACGGAAGAUACGUAGCUUUAGACAUAUUGGACAUAUCUUGGCAUUUACUGGGCAUUUGUAAGCACGUUGUGGGGGACCUACUUGGAGCUAUUCAAUCUUUCCAAAAUUCUCUGAGACCUAAACAAUUUCAUUGUUUAGCGAGAAUAACUGUAAUCAGAAUGUGUCUUGUUCUUUACGACCUAAUGAAGUGAUUAUAUAUCAUCAAUCGAUUUGCAAUUGCAUUUGUAGCUCUAAGACAUCUUGUACAAUCAGUGGUCGACAGAAGGCGGUCAAUAACGAAAAAUAAAAGCUGUAAAUAAUUAAGAAAUGUGUGUCAUUUGUAAAUAAAAUAAGUGUCAUACAUUUUCAAGCACAUUUUCAAAAUGCGUGUGCAUCAUUUUGCAAUUGCGUGUGUAAUAUUUUUUAUGCAUUAUAAAACUGAUCAAUGGACGAUUAUAAACAUUUGUAAGCAACAUAGAUGGACCAUUUAGUUCUGACGUAUUUUAACUUUUUAUAUAAUACAAAAAUGUAUGACACAAAUUAACAAUUUCCGGAUCAUAAUAAUUCCCAAAGUCAGAACUUUUGGAGCGCCAUAUUUAUAGGCUUACUAAAAAAAAUUAUUGUUUUACUAUACAUUUGUACUAUCAAUAACUGAAAAAAAAAUACUCUCCACAUAUAUAUGAAAAGUACUCUUGUUUUUACACUACUAUCAAAAUAAAUGCAUGUAUGCAUAUAUAUACCAUGUGUUUGCAUUUAUGAGGAAAUUUAUAAAUAUAUUUAUUCAUAUUUACGUCUAUUUACGCUUUAGAAUUAUUAUCUCUCAUCUGAAUGUAUUUAAUAAAUAUUUUUGAAAAAAAAAUUGAUUGAAAAAUAUGAACACACAAAAUGAAUCGUUGUCAAAAGCCAAAAGCUUGUUAAAGUGAA